AAGAACUCCAAGAGGGGGUUGCAAGAAGAUCAGGCGAUAUCCUUUAAGCAUUUUCCAGCGGGGCUGCAGAUCGGGUGUGGGCAGCACAAUGGCAUCAGAGACACAUUCAAGAUCAUCUCCGCUUUGUGGUGGAGUGGAGGGAGAAGUUACGCGGGCAUCUCGGUGGCUGGUGACUUUGGAGGAGGUGGCCGUGUAUUUCACCAAGGGGGAGUGGGACCUCCUGAGUCCAGACCAGAUUGCUCUUUACAAGGAUGUCAUGCUGGAGAAUUCUUGGAAUGUCUUCUCUCUGGGAGGUAAUGGACAGAGCAUUGAAAGUGAUAAGGAGCCGUGCUGGGUAUCAUUACAGAGACCUGAGGAGGAAGCAGGAAAUGAGACUUCUGGGAAUCCAAGGAGAUCAAAAAGGCAGGGCAGAAACCAAUCAAAGAACUGGAGGAAUAAAUCUUCAUCAGGUGACCACUUGGAAUGUGUCAAGAGUCUCCAUCAGCGCAAACCUCUUACUUUCCAUGGGACAACUCAGAGAGAGCAAAAACCAUGGAAAUGCCUAGAGUGUGGGAAAAGGUUCAACAAGAGUACACACCUUAAAAGACACUUAAGAAUCCAUACAGGAGAGAAACCAUUCAAAUGUCUGGAGUGUGGAAAGAGCUUUGGUCGGAACGAGACCCUUACUUUACAUGAGAGAAUGCACGCAAGGGAAAAGUUGCACGUGUGCUCAGUGUGUAGAAAGAGCUUCAGUGACAGCACGAGCCUUACUUCACAUCAAAGAACCCAUGCUGAAGAGAAGCCAUAUGAAUGUACAAAGUGUGGAAUGCGUUUCAGUUGGGAAGAAUGCUUUAUUUUGCAUCAAAAAACCCACACAAAGCAGAAACAUGUCAGGUGUGGAAUUAGCCUCAGUCAGAGUGAUAGCCUUGCUUCACAGAAAAGAGAAUGCAAAAGGGAGAAAAAAUAUAAAUGCCUGGAGUGUGGGAAGGGCUUCAGUUGGGCUCAUACUCUUAGUGAACAUCAUAGAAUCUGCACAAGGGAGAAAUGCUAUAAAUGCAUGGAGUGCGGAAUGAGCUUUCAUAAUGGUCAUAGGCUUUCUGUACAUCACAGAACCCACACAGGGGAGAGACCAUUUACAUGCUUGGAGUGUGGGAAGAGCUUCAGUCAGGAGUCGACACUUACUGCACAUAAAAGAACCCACACCGGGGAGAGACCAUACAUAUGUCUGGAGUGUGGGAAGAGCUUUAAUCGGCGUAAUACCCUUAAUAAACAUCAAACAACUCACACUGGGGAGAAACCAUAUCAAUGCCUGGCAUGUGGAAGACACUUCAGUCGGAAAGACCACAUGAGGGACCAUCAACACAGAGUCCACAAAGGGAAGAAAUGAUUUGAAGCUCUUGCCACACACCAAGCAUUUAGUGGGUGUGUCACAACAUCAAUAAUGAUAAAUAAAAGAGCUCAUGCAAGAAGAGCCUGGAUGGCUUUAAGAAGGGCUUAGGUAAAUUCAUGAAGGAAAGGUCUAUCAGUGGCUACUAGUCUGAGGGCUAAAGGCCACCUCCAGCCUCAGAGCAAGAUUAUUAUUAUUAAUAUGAAUAAUGAUAAUUUUGGUUUCUGUACUGCCCUUCCAAAAAUGGCUCAGGGCAGUUUACACAGAGAAAUAAUAAAUAAAUAAGAUGGACCCCUGUCCCCAAAGGGCUCACAAUCUAACAAGAAACAUAAGAUGGACACCAGCAACAGUCACUGGAGGUACUGUGCUGGGGGUGGAUAGGGCCAGUUACUCUCCCCCUACUAAAUAAAGAGAAUCACCACGUUAAAAUGGUGCCUCUUUGCCAAGUUAGAAGGGGUAAGUUGCAGAGUCUGACUUGGUAUAACGCCUCUAAAUACCAGUUGCAGGGGAGCAACAGCAGGAGAGAGGGCAUGCCCUCACCUCUUGCCUAUGGGCUUCCCAGAGGCAUUUGGUGGGCAUUUGUGAAACAGGAUGCUGGACUAGAUAGGCCUUGGGCCUGAUCCAGCAGGCCUGUUCUUAUGUUCUUAAGAGGAAUUGUAUAAAUGCUCACCCUGGGGCUUUCCAACAAUCUUUUAAAGGUUUUUCAAUAAUUUUUUCCAACUAGAAAUGCUUAAUCUAGGGAUUCUAAAACUUGGGUCCACAGGUGGUAUUGGACUACAACUCCCAUCACCCAUAGCACAAUGCCCUUCCUAUGGAUGAUAGGAGUUGUAGUCCAACAACAUCUGGGAACCCAAGAUGUAAUUUUUUAAUUGAUAUCUGAGGUCGUGUGGUGGGGGGGACAUCUUCUUUACUCAUAUCACUGGUGAACAUCCCCAGAAAUGGAAGUUUGUGUGCAGAUACCAUAUCUUGUCCACUUGAGCUUGGAAGUAAUUGGGGAAAUUUGUUCUGAUAUAAGCAGCGUAUGGUAUGUAUCUUUGGAAUUCAGUGUUGCUCUCACUCUUCCAAGGAUCCCCUGAGUAGUGAAUAGAAAUUGGUCUUUCAGUGCCAAAAUGAAGUUUGUGGGGAAACUGGGCAUAUGUGCCACAGGGUGUGCUUCCUUGAAGACCCAUAUCUCCUGUUCCCAAAAAUCUGGGAAGAGCACCUGUAUGCUUGCAUGCAGAAGGUUCCAAGUUCCCUCCCUGGAAUCCCCAAGACAGGGCUGAGAGCGACUCUUGCCUGCAACCUUGGAGAAGCCACUGCCAGUCUGGGUAGACAAUACUGAGCUAGAUGGACCAAUGGUAUAACUCAGUAUGAGGCAGCUUCCCAUGUUCCUCUCCCCUUCCUCCCUAUAAAGUCAUGUUGGCCAUUAAGGGUUUUAUUCGCACACAGGCUCGGACUUGCCCACAGGGCAACAGGGCAUAUUCCCAGUGCGCCCCACCCAUGGGGCACCCCUGUGCCCCGCUGCACUCAGCAGCAAGGAAUACUCCCACCCUUAAUUACCCAUUCUGCUCAAAGCCCAGUGCCCUCCCCACAUACAUUCCACUGCCAUCUCAGUGCUCCCAGUCCAGCCCUGCUCCCCCAUUUCACUAAAGAAAUAAUCACAUGGCUGAGGAUGGCCACCAUGAAAAUUUCACAGGUCCCCACUUAUUUGAACAUCUAAAGUUGCCUUGGGUUCUUGCACUAGUGCAAUCUGUUCAUGGUGCAAGCACAUGAUUUGUCAGGAUGCCAGCCAGACUGCAUGUCUGUCGAACCUUACAUUUCCGCAGAGCUUGUAAAUAGGGCUCAUGUGAGACAGGAAACCGCGGUCUCUAUUUAAGCCACGUCAGAUGGCAUUCAUCAGGAAGCCUGAGUCAAAUUCAGCGGUUUCAUAUGAGAGUGUCCCUUUAAAGCUCUUUUCUUGAAGAAUGGCCUUGCCAGGCUCUGCCUCCCUACAACUAUUACCCCUUUCUCACUGCUACUGCAGUGCAUAGGAGCACAGAAAGUUGCCUUAUAUGAAGUCAAACCGUUGGCUCCUCUAGUGCAAGCACAGCAUUUUGCUUAGAGCAGCACUUGUUUUGCAUUUGGCGCUUGGCCUUCACUUAUGCCCUCCUAGUCAAAGCAAUGAGAUUAUCAGCAACUGACUUGCGUUUUGCAUUUGGAGGAGGGCAAGAGAGGGGGAAAGCCUUUAACUUAGGUCUGAAAUGAUGUCAGAAGCGAAACCUCGAGUUCUUUUUCACUUGUCUGAACUUUCCUUUGAUUAGCCUAGCCUAAUACCACAACUUGAUGUAUUUCUGAGUACUUAGGGGGUCCCCUGAACUAUACUGUUGAGAUGAGACUCUUCCGAGUAAAGGGUCAAACUUGCAGGGAACGUAUUUUACCCCAAUAAACAGUCUCUGGCAAUACCAGCGUAUAGUUUGGUCAAAGAACAGGGUUGUGGACUCUUAUCCCUUUGGCUUUUAUCGAAGUCUCUAUUGUCAACAUGUGAGUUUAUUAAAAACAAUAUAAUAUUAAAUAAAAGAAAAAUAAAAAACUUCUAACUCAUUCACAAAAAGAUCCCACAAUAAGUGGGGUUGUCAAAUGGAACAAAAACAGGUAAAGGCUUGAAGGUCUAUUUAAGGAUAAAAACAAAAAAGGAUCAAGCAAAAUGAUAUAAAAAUCAUAGUGUCCAUUCAAUUGUAGGCCCAAUUAGAAGAAAUCACCCGGCUUUGGUUUCCAUAAUAGUAAGCACAGUCCUAAUUACCCCAGCACAGUUAAGACUUACACACAGAAGGCAGAGUGGGUGAGAUGUUCCCAAAGCCUACAAGCAUCUUCCAGCCAUUCCAAAACAGAGCUAUUUAGACUCCCCUCCAAUCUCUGCCAGGGCAAAACUUCCCACAGUAUCAGGGAAAGGAAUGCAGAUUCCAGGUCUCGCUGGCAUUGACCUAGCAAGAUCGUAGAACAAAGGUCUUCAUAUCCAGAGGUUUCCAAACACCUUGCUUGAAGCGAAAUGGCCAUUCUCAUGUCAAGCAGGAAGACUAAAUCAUUCCAAAUACACAUGAAUCCAUGAUAAUACAGAAACUACAACUUUUGUUUAGUGGUGGCCAGUUCUGUUUGUGGUCUAAUAGGCACUCGGGAACUUGAGUUUGCUUUUAUCAUAUAGGAUUCUAUUGAUCUGUUUUUAAUGCUGAAUUUAUAAGUUGCCUUGGGAGGUUUCUAAAAUGAAAGAAAGGCUUGAAAAUACUUUAAAUAAAUAAUACAUUGAGAUGA